AAUUUUUUUGGAUCAGCUAACGUGUCAUUGGUCGAGCUUCUCACUGCGUUUCAGCGCAUUAUAUCACCCAUGAUGCAACGCGCCAUCUUCGUUUACACUCGGGUCCGGCCGCUCGGGAAUUUCCGUAAACACCCGAAGGCCGAACUCCCUUCGCGGAUGCAACCUGCAUUUAUAAUAUGCUCGCCAUGCAUUCAACCAUUAUUAUGUUCCGAGAGCAGCGGGCAAGAGCAGGCACUCUCCUCGUCCUCCGCUAAAUAUUUUCCCGUCCAUUCCUGGCGAUCAUCCCUCGCAUGUAGGGUUUUACUUCGUUCCAAAGCCAUUGUGAUCGCAAGGACAAACCGGUACCCGGAACAGGUAAUAUUUUUUUCACGGCCGGUAGCGAAACAAAGAAUCCUGGAGGGGCAGCGUAUCGCACCGUCGACCGCGGUGGGUAGUACCAAGAUGUCCUUCGCCAACAAUGACUGUCGCAUCUACGUGGGAAACCUGCCGCCCGACAUCAGAGUAAAGGACAUAGAAGACAUCUUCUACAAGUACGGCAACAUCCGGCACAUCGACCUGAAAAACAAGCGCGGACCGCCGUUCGCAUUCGUAGAAUUCGACGAUAAGAGGGACGCCGAGGACGCCGUGCGCGGCAGGGACGGCUACAAUUACGACGGCUACCGGCUGAGGGUGGAGUUCCCCCGCGGGACCAGCCGAGGGGGCUACCGGGGUGGGCGGCGCGUCGGCCAACCGUCUCGGCGCUCCGAAUAUCGCGUUCUGGUAUCAGGGCUGCCCCCUACCGGUAGUUGGCAGGACUUGAAGGACCACAUGCGGGAGGCCGGAGACGUGUGCUACGCUGACGUCUUCAGAGACGGCACGGGAGUCGUCGAGUUCCUCAACUACGAAGACAUGAAGUACGCCGUCAAGCAGCUGGACGAUUCCAAGUUCAGAUCGCACGAGGCAAUACUUACAGCAACCCGGGACAAAAAAGGACAAGGCGAAGACUUCGGGGAAUCACACACUAAAGGGAGAGACGUCGUACAUCAGAGUGAAGGAAGACUACCACCCGUCCGGAGGGAGCCCACGCCGUGCCAGCCGCAGCCGGUCUCCUAGCUUCUCCCGCCGCCGACGGUCCCGUUCGUCCCCACGGUACAGCCCGCAGCGAUCCCGAUCCCGUUCCCGUUCGUAGGUUCGUUUUGGGGAACGUCCUAUAUAUAUCCUCACUGAUAACCUAGGGCACGAUCACAUUUGUCGUAGGUUGUCGUACGAUUUCAUUUUGAUGUCAUAGGAUUUUCAAGCAGGCCGUGACAGAACCAACCGCGCCGAUUUUGAUCCAAAACAGCAUUUGUGUACCAAGACAUUUUGAACUUUGCAGGAGACCUUUUUUGUCCUACAAAAUGCCCGAAGUUAGCGAUCGUACGACGAUCGCACGACCUAUGUCGUAUAGGUUGUCGUGCGAUUUUGAUGUCUUGGCGUAUUCAAACAGACCGUUACAGAACCAAUUGUAUUGUGCGACAUAUCCACGACUAUCCCAAGAAUGCUCAUUUGAUUUCAUGCAAUCGCACGGCAAAUUUGACCUGUCCGUCCAUACUUUCUGUUGGGAGAAAUAAUCGGUAGUACAAUUCCUCUGUAAAAUGUUUGGUCGGCAGUAACAACUGAAAGGAGAAAACCCAUAGACAGAUGAGAUCAGAAAUAUGAUCACGAGCGCGGCUUGCCAACAGUAAUUUGACAUCAUUCCACCUUUUUGUAGGUUUAAAAUUUGAAGAAAAAACCACAUCAACAUGUUUAUCUAAUUCCCCGACCAAACUAAUAAUUUCUUCGACAUAUUCUUUCAUAUUCUUGCGAACAAAAAAUAGGCAAACCAGACAAUACCAGGCAAACAACAAGCAAACCAUACCUGCAUUCCCGUUGAUAUAGGCUCACCCAAGCGAACGUUUUUUCCUAGUUUAUGAAGAUAAGUGUCUGAUCCCAAAAGAUGAAGGCCGUAGAUCCGAUGUUGUAAAUGACGAAAAAGGUAUAUAUAGUUUACAUAGAGUGUGGUGAGUAGAAGCUUUAACGUGACAAUCAACGUACGUAAGCGAUGACGUCAUGAUGACGUAAGGGAGAUAGAGCCCCUGGUGGGCUCCUCAGAAUGUUUUUAUUUAUUUACCAGCUGCGUUUUAUCGGAAUCGUUUGUCGAAACGUACGCUGUAAAAAUAUGUAUAUAACCUUUGAUGUUAAUAUAUUCGUUCUUUGCUGUAUUCUUGCCAGCCAUUGGUUAUCAACUACAGCAAAACGUUGACGUACUUUGCUUAAAAGCCCCAGUAUAAGGCCGUCCAGAAAUAGGAAAUACUUGUAUAACUUUAAUGAUGAGGCUCUAUAGUCUCCAAUAUGCUUAUUUAGAUCUUAGAUGCACCAUGGCCAGUUGUGGUGUUUUAUUGCAAAGAGUCGUAGUUUUGUGGUAGAAGUCCUCAAAUCUAGUCUCUUUUAUAAGUCUCGUAGAGUCCUACUAAACACAGAGCAGGUUACUACUAAAAGGAAAGUGUGUACAGAAUAUGGUCCUCACCCAACGUAAGAUUUUAAUAUAUAUAUAUAUAUAUCAUUUCGUAGAUUUGAGACACUGCUAAAAAACAAAGAAAGCGUAGUUAUUGCUUGAGAUGUAUCCAAAUGUGACCACUGAUCCAACUGUUGCAAGUACAUGUGGAUAUUUGUAUAUGUCUUUACAUUUGUAUUCAGCACUGAAAGAGAUUAUUAAUAUGUCUUUCGUAGUAUAUCACUGUAUAUAUCCUUUGCACGUUUUCAUGUAAAGCCAUGUAGUCCUCAUUUUCAUAUAUAGAAAGGCCAGAAAUGUAGAGGCCGUUACCAAAGUAAGUCGGUGCUAUGUAUUUGGACUCUGAAAACUUAUAAGCCACAUUCGAGAGAUUCAUACAUUCCUUAUAUUGUGCAAAUUGAGUAUAGGGCGAUUCAAAGAGCGUGUAAAGAUUUGAUUGAAAGAUACGGCGUAAAUACGACAAGUUGGUUAGUUAUAGAAAUGCGUACCGGUUUGAUAUGCUGUGCAAAGAGAUAUUCUACAAUGGGCCAGGUAUAUUGUAAUAGGUGACACCGUAGUCAAAGCUGUUUAUAUCCCCCUUAAUUGUAAGGAAUUUUUUAAAAGUUUGAAAUAAGAUACACUGCUGGGUAGGCUAUUGAAAAGUGAAAAAAAAACACUUUUGUGAUAUAACUAAGUCAAUUUUACUAGCCGCUGGUAUUAACGCUUACUACCAUACUAACGCUUAACUUGUGCUAAACAGGCACAUGGUAUAACGAGAAAAAUGAUGAUACUAAAGUUAAAAUUACGUGACAAGAUUAUUUCAUUUUGUCCAAAAUCAAACUCAAAUCCAAUUAUAUGGGUUGACGCUUUUGUGACCAUUGAAAAAAAAAUAACAGAAAAAUUUUCUGGGUGUGCAAAGUUUCUUUGCACUCUAUUCUGAUUACUGAAAAAAAAUGUAUAUGAGAUGAAAUGUGUUUACUAAUUUCAACUGAGCACUGAUCCAGUGACUCGCCAUAACAUUACUAACUUGUUUACUAACUGAGUUAACUGGUUUACUAACUGAGUUAACGAUAUUCACCUAUUGGCGCUGGACGCCGUUAACAUGCUUGCAUGUGUUCGACAUUUUGCUGGCGUGACCUUACAGCAUUGUGUAUGUUCGCAUGAGAUUAAUUAACCCAAUGGCAUGGCAUGCUUAUAUGCAUGGAAUGUUUUAGAGUUAGAAACGUCUGUGAUUAACUUUUGAUUAACCAGCACUAAAAUGCACGCGAGCCACACGCUUGCCUUCCUCGGGAGGUAAUGCGAGGCUCGUCCUCUCCUCACACUUCUUAUUAACAUACAAAGUGGGUAUCUCACUCCUGGACUGCGCCGAAUCGCUCAAGGCAUUUGUGUCGCAAACCGGUGCAAAUUUGUCGCGUGAAUCUGCGAUUUUCUUCUGAUAAAGAAUGAAAAUUCGCAAAGUUGCCGCAAUUUCCUAGUGCCUUUUGGCGCAGCCAACGAGAUUCCUGCUUAAUGGAGCGUUCUAUAUUCUGUAUUUCAUAACCAACGAAGUUCCUUUCUUACCAGUGAAAAAAUUAACUGUUCGGCCACUUUUACUUGUGAGCUUUACUUGUGAACAAACAAACAAACAUACAAAGCAUGCAUAGUCUUACAAAAUGUAUAAUGACAUACCUUGUUAUGUUUUCUAAGCUAAUUUUCUUCCGAUAUCGGA